CCAGCUACUCGGUAAACCUGCCACCUCAGAUGUUUUCAAUCCUCGCCUCGGCAUUCCUUUUCGCAAUCACCGCCUCGGCUUCGGCCAGAUGCAAACUCCUCAGCACCGUGCCUGUCGCUUCCUCAUGCUGGGCCAGUAAUCCAUUCGGGUCGUCCGUCUCCUGCAGAACCGUGCAGUCGUCCUGGGCCAACGCCUCAUGGCACUCUCAGCGCCCCGAAUCCAUUGACUACUUGAUCUACGCCAACAAUUCCUGCUUGCCCCCAACUGCGCCAGGCUAUGUGGCAGACAACGGGUGCACUCUUGGCGGCCUACCACAGUACAUCGUCAACGCCACCACUGAAGAGCAGAUUGCAACGGCGAUGAAGUGGGCUGCGGAGCGCAAUAUCCGUAUCGUGGUCAAGGGCACGGGUCAUGAUCUGAACGGUCGAUCAUCCGGUGCGUUUGCCUUGUCUAUCUGGACUCACAACUUGAACAAGCUGGAGCGCCAUCCCGUCUGGACGCUUCCCUCCCAGAACACCUCCGAGGACGUGUACAUCGUCGGCAGCGGCCAGCAGUGGGGCAACGUGCUCACCAAAGCCCUCAACGAAGGCCGAGUGGUCCCCACGGGCCAGGACCCCAGCGUCGGACUCGGUGGCUACAUACAAGUGGGCGGACACGGGCCGAUCUCGCGAACCUACGGACUCGCGUCCAGCCACGUCCUGCAGAUGAGAGUGGUGACAACCCAAGGCGAUAUUCUCGUCGCCAACGAGGUCGAGAAUCCGGACCUUUUCUGGGCCCUCCGAGGCGGCGGCGGCGGCCAGUACGGCGUGGUCACCGAAUACGUCAUUCGGCAUCACCCGGUGCCCAGAAAUGUGGUUAUGGGGAAUGUCCUGAUCGCGCCCAAGGACGGCAGCAAUCGCAGCGCCGAGGCGUCGUGGGAUGCAGCCGUUCGCCAUAUCGCGGCGCUGCCUGACCUGAUGGACGCCGGGAUCGCAGGCGCAUGCAUGGUGGCGACCGGCGAGACAGCCGUGUCGUUUGGAUCUCUCAACGAGUCGACUACCGGCGUGGUGAUCAAGCAGGUCUUCUGGGCCUUUAACUCCACUGUCCCGGCCAUGAAAAGCCUUGUGGACCCUGUCCUCGCCAAUAUCAGCCACUCUGCCGGUGGAAACAGCAGCCUCAGCGUGUCCUUCACAACCUCCAACCUCGGGAACUACUCCUCCUUCUACAGCGCCAUCUCCGGCAGCGAGGUAGCCGGCGGCCAGAGUCUGGUCUCUAGUCGUCUCCUAGGCCGCGCCGAGCUGAUCGACACACCCCUCGAGCGCCAAAAACAGUACCUUAAGAUCGCGAUGCGCUCGCAGAACAGCACCGCCGGGACCUACGCCACGAUCGGACUGCAGGGUGGUCCGGGGGUGCGCAACACGCAGACGCAGUAUUGGGGCGCGGUGCUGCCCGCCUGGCGGUCGGCGUAUCUCCAUUUCAUCUCGAACGGAGCGACGGUGGACCCGGUGGCGGCUGGGUCGCCGAAGCUGGCGUUGCAGGGUGCGGCGCGCUGGAACGAGGCCAAGGAGGAAAUGUGGAGGGAGUGGGCUCCGGAUUCAGGGGCCUAUAUGAACGAAGCUAAUCCGUAUACGAGUAACUUCGAGCAGGAUUUCUAUGGCGAGAAUUAUGACCGGCUGGUGCAGGUGAAGGCGAAGUAUGAUCCUAGUGAGAGUCUGUUUGUGUUGUCGGGCGUGGGGAGCAAGAACUGGGAUUAUGACUUGGAUACGGGCAGGCUGUGCAGAGUGGAGUGA